AUGUUGGAUCGAGCGGACGCCUCUCAGCAUCCCCAUCUCCAAAACAUCGCGCCGUGUCACUCCGGGCCGCCAGAUUGCCAUCGGUACCCGCGAGAGCUACAGCUCUCCGCAGGUGCCAACAACAGCGGACUAGACACCAGGGCAGCAAUCGCGGCUUCAACCGCUGGGCCCUCCUCCGGGGUAUCCGGGGGUCUCACCAGGUGGAGCGUUGCCCGCGAGCCGCGAGUCUGGCCGCUACCAAUGACCACGACACUUCGGCCUGAGAGAUUACUCCUUUCCUUACCGCUUUAUUGA